GUGGAGGUCUGUGGUGGAGGUGGGAGGAGGGAACAGUCGGUGGGAGGUGGGAGGCCACGGCGGGGCUCCUGCACUUCUCAAGAAGGAGACGACGCCAGGAAGCAGGCAGAGAGGAGGAGAUGGCCACGGGAGAAAUCACAACUCUUCCCUCUGUACCUGAAGACGGCGGCAGCGGCGGCUUCCCCCCCGGGAGCUUCAAGGACCCCAAGAGGCUGUACUGUAAAAACGGGGGCUUCUUCCUGAGGAUAAAGUCGGACGGAGGGGUGGAUGGAAUCCGGGAGAAAAACGACCCCCACAUAAAACUUCAACUCCAGGCGACCUCGGUGGGGGAAGUGAUCAUCAAAGGAGUCUGCGCGAACCGAUACCUGGCAAUGAACAGAGACGGACGACUGUUUGGAGCGAGACGAGCGACGGACGAGUGCUACUUCUUGGAGCGACUCGAGAGCAACAACUACAACACCUACCGCUCCAGGAAGUACCCCAACAUGUACGUGGCGCUGAAGCGGACCGGCCAGUACAAGUCCGGAAACAAAACUGGACCGGGUCAGAAGGCCAUUCUCUUUCUUCCCAUGUCCGCCAAGUGCUAAUCUGGGCGGUCUGACGGAGAGAAGAUACGGAGGAGAAGAUGUGACGGCAAUGACGACAGCUUUCCAUCAACAUUGCCCAAAACAGCUGUGAUGCUUGACUGUUAUAUAUAUAUGUAUAUAUAUAUAUAUAUAACAGUUUUUAUUUGUUAUUAUUAAUAUUAUUAUUAUUUUAAAUCCUGAACAUUUCUGCUUCUGUUCAGCUUUACUUUUAAAAUAGUACCACGUCUUCACACCUGGCCGCUUCCCUAGAAAAACAGGAUUUUACUUUAACCACCAUCUCUGGCUGUUUACUCUCAAAACUUCCCUCAGUUUAUCUUAUUAAACUAGAUCCACAACGCUCUUAAAUCAUUUAAUGUGACUGUAUUCAAGAUUUUUUUAAUUUCAACAUACAAAAUUUAGAUCAACAAAAAAUAAAAUAGACUAAACACACUAAAAGCAAAAUCCAAACAUCAUGCUUUAGAAAUCUACUUCAUAUUCCCUCCAGGGACACUUGAUAUUAAGCAAAACUUGUGUGCUUAAUUUUUUUGUAUAAUGUAUAAAUGAAACAAACCAUGAGAAGUUUGGAAGUCAUUAUUAUAUUAAUACUCUAGCAACAAAAUAAGUUCUUUCUGCUACGAUGGUCUGCCGGACCAAUCAUAUCUUUUGAGUGGGCUUUAUGUGGUGAUGGACACAACAGUAAAGCUAGUUGGCGCUGUGUCUUUUUUUGCCAGUUUUGUUUCUACUUCCUGUUUCGCUUUCAACAAUGGCGACUGAAACUUUUCCCGAAACGUCCCUGAACACGACUCAUACAAAGAUUUAUAUCUCUGAACUUCCUCAGUUGGCUUUUCCUCCAUCUUUAUUGAUCCAAAACCAUCAAUUCAAACGUUGUGGAGAGAAUUAGCCAGAAAUACUAAGCGCAAUAAUACUACGGCAACCAAGUGGACCAAUUGUAGUUCAGUUACAUACCUGGUUUGGGGUGUAACGCAGAAGUCUAAACUGCCAAUAACAACAACGUAGUCAACCAUGUCAUCUGUCAUUGAGUUGAUUUUCUUUAUAACAAAUGGCUGCCACCAAGGAAGUGCAAUGAUUCUACGUCUUCUAAUCCGAAAUUCUUAUCAGAAUCAGAGUCUGGUAACACUCAUGCAACUAAGCAGACAGACGCCUUAAUCGCUUUAGACUAGUUAAAGUCAUUUUGUCUGUUACUAUAGAUGUAAAAAUCCUGUAUUCCACCCUGAUAAAGUAUAAAUAUACAACUAUAAACUCUUCUGUCCAUCACUGCGUAAAGCCCAUCUAGGUUAUUUGAUUGACCCACCAGAUCUUUGCAGGAAAGACCAAC